CUGUUUGUUUGACCCUGUGCCAUCAGAAGCAGAACACAGCAGAAAUAAAGUCCGCCCUCCCAUAAUAAAAAAAAAAGAAAAAAUGGAGAAAGGAACUAGUGACAUAUCGAUAAGAAGCGAGAUCCACUUCACUGUUUGAGCUGCAGAGCAACUUCAGGUGGACUCUGGUUACAAAGUCCGACUACCUAUACUCCAAAAUGACAAAGGUUUUAGUUUAUCCGCUCUUUUCGCUAUUGAUCCUUUUCUGUGUGGAGUCAUGUUUUAUUCCCCAUUCACAUUAUAUCUUUACACCACAAAGCAUUCCAGCUGGAUACCAGCUCAUGAAAGUUGAAACUGUGGACUGUGACCCUGACACACUUCAUCUAACUGUGGAGGAUCCUAGUUUUGCAGUGCAGAGCAACGGGAUCAUAGUAGCAGUGAGUCCUGUAUCUGUAGCAACCAGAGGGCGGACAUUUUCUGUCAGGGCGCAGGACAAAAGCGGGACGGGAAGUGAGAUGGAAGUUCACCUUGUUUGCAGUGCAAAGAGGCAGACAAAUAAAAAUGGGCAGGAUGUCUUAAAGCGCACAAAAAGACACUGGGGUCCACCCCCCCUCAACAUCCUGGAGAAUGAUGUGGGGCCUUUUCCUAAGGACAUGGAAAGAAUUGUGUCAGAUUCAGAUGUCGAUUUUGAUGUGUUCUACACUGCUGAAGGAAAAGGAGUGAAUGAAUUCCCCUUCGGUGUCUUCAGUCUUGAUAAAGAUACCGGAUUACUGAGAGUGCACAAGACAAUAGAUCGAGAGAUAAAUCCAAAGUUUAUACUAAAGAUCAAUGCUUUGGAUAAAAUAACUCAAGAGAAAGGAGACGAACCUUUGUUCCUUGAAAUAAUAGUGGAUGAUGUUAAUGAUAAUAAUCCAGAGUUGGAAGGCAGCCUUAAUUUCUCUGUGGAUGAGCAAACUGCAAAUAUGGUAGUGGGGAAAGUGAAUGCUACAGACAAAGAUGAUUCCAAAACUGAUCACGUGAAAAUCAAAUACAUACUCAAAGAUGGGCUGGAACAUUUUGCCAUCAACCCAGAUACGGGUGUCAUCACCACUGUGUCCAACACACUGGACCGAGAGACAAAAGACAAGCAUAUGGUGACUGUAGAGAUCAGAGACUUGAAGGGGGCACCAAAUGGUCUUUCUAACACAGCUACGGCAACAAUCACCUUGAACGACAUCAAUGACAACCCACCAACUUUCAGAGAAACAUCUUUUAAAGCCACCACUCCAGAAAAUAAGGAGGAGGAACAUCUUAUCCUUAGAAUUCCUGUGGACGAUAAAGAUUUAAAUACCACAGAUAACUGGGUUUCCAAAUUUGUCAUCACAAAAGGAAAUGAAAAUGGAUAUUUCAGGAUUGAUACUGAUCCCGAGAUAAAUGAAGGACUUCUCUAUGUUACAAAGCCCUUAGAUUACGAGAAGACCAAGAAUAUAGAGCUCAUGAUUUCGGCCCAGAAUGAAGCAGAGCUGAAAGGCACCACUGCCCAGUGGCUGUCUGUCCCAGUGAACGUUGCUGUCACUGACAUCGACGAAGGCCCUGAAUUCCUUGCUCCGACUGUUACCUUCACAGUUGAUGAAAACUUACGAAAUGGCACAAUAAUAGGAACAUACAAAGCUAUAGAUCCAGAGACCAAGAGCAGCGACGGAAACAUGUAAUCCUCUUUUUUUUUUUUUAUUGCCUUAAUUUUUAAAAGGGAUUUCCUUUUUGUGGAUCGACAGAACUAUAGCACUCUCCAAAAACACAGCUUUUGGAUUAUCUUAACCCUUUGUUGAUGCUUUGCAAAUAAAUCCCUGAAACAUUUGUUUCACAAUUUAUAAGAUUUGCAGUGAGUUUGUCGAUUUCUUUUCUCCAGAACUAAUAACAGGAGAAUUUUGGACAAUAUUCACUAUUUCCAACAGUUGAUAGUUUGUUUUCCUUUAUCUAACGUAAUAUAAAACUUUCUAAAUGUGCAAUUAGACUGAAGCUUCUAAUUUACAGAAAGUCUCGCUUUGAGUUCUUUCUCAAAGAGCUAAAUAGGAAGACGGAAAGGAUAAAAAAGGAGGAAUAAAUAAAUAAAUUAACAAAGAGGCUUAUUCUAUUUCAUUAUGGCCUGUGGAUAUUUGUUGUCAUCCUGCAUUUUAAGAUUGGGAAUGUCUUCCAACGGUGUUAAAAUAUACUUUUAAAUGUAUUUGACUGCAAUAAAACAAUGGCUGGUUGAUAAAGUUUUUUUUUAAUAUUACAACAAGAUCUAU